ACCAAGCGAAGCGAAGAGACACAGAAGCAGAGGAGGGAAAAGAAGAGGCGAAAACUCGCGGGAUAGAGAAGAGUUGCAGAGGAAGGGAGAAAAUGUCAGGAAGAGGGAAGGGAGGUAAAGGAUUGGGAAAGGGAGGAGCGAAGAGGCAUCGUAAGGUGCUGAGGGAUAACAUCCAAGGUAUCACCAAGCCUGCCAUUCGUCGCUUGGCUCGUCGUGGUGGUGUCAAGCGUAUCAGUGGUCUCAUCUAUGAGGAGACUCGUGGUGUUCUCAAGAUCUUCCUCGAAAACGUCAUUCGUGAUGCCGUCACUUACACUGAACACGCUCGCCGGAAGACCGUCACUGCCAUGGACGUCGUCUAUGCUCUCAAGAGACAGGGCAGGACUUUGUACGGGUUCGGUGGUUAGGGUUUCUGUCAUCUAGGUGUGAAAAUUUUCGUUUUUUUCUUCUCUUAUAUCUCUUAUGGGCAUUUGUUAAUACGAAGGGAACUGCGUUUUUUUUCUCUUCUUUGUUUCUUUCUCAUUGUGGGGCUGAUUGUAUUCUAUUUCCAAGGGCGAUUCAAGGAAAAUACUAGCGUUGUUCCUCUUAUUCUUCAAUGAGAUAUUUGUUGAGAAAAGUAUUCCUCUUUCAAUUUCUCUUCAUGUUUCUUUUUCCUUUCAAUCUGUGUAUUUUGAAAGUAAAAGGUCUACGGCAGCUGGUCGUUUUUACAGCAGGUUUCAA